AUGCAUCAGGUUAACGCAGUAACCGAAUUGAUUCAAAACGAGGAUUUUAACAAAAUGUCUCAAUUUGCGGUUGUGAACAAUGAUGAUGUGAAUGAUGCGUUAGAAGAAGACGAAAUUGGAGAUGGAAUUGAUAUGGAUGAUGAGUUUGAAGAAGAUGGAAUUGGAGAUGAAACAUCAAAUGGUAACGUUCACGUACCUUCAACUUAUACUAGUUUAGAGGAAACUAAUUUGAAUAUUGAUGAAAAUUGGAAGACAACAUAUUCCCAGAGUAAAAAUGAUUUUACUAGCGAGCUAGGAAAAGACUCUUUCAAUGACAAGGAAGAAUUUACUAGGCUUGUCAAGUUGCAUAGUAUCAAAACGCAUAAACAUUUUGAGGUUGUUGAAUCAAAACCAACCACUUGGUAUAUAAAAUGUAAGUUACAUGAUCAAGGAUGCAAAUGGCACCUUCGUGCAAGUAAACGUAAACGUAGUGGUUCUUUCGAAAUCAUAAAGUAUACUGGUCCACACACUUGUUUGCAUAGUAUGAUUACUCAAGACCAUCCAAAUCUAGAUGCAACCUUGAUCGCUCAAGAAAUCCAACAUCUUAUAAAGGAGCAACCUUCUAUUAGUAUUGCCACUUUAAAAGCUGAGAUAAUUGAUAAAUUAAGCUACACUCCUUCGUACAAGAAGGUUUGGGUAGGAAAACAGAAGGCAAUUGAACAAGUCUUUGGGAAUUGGGAAGAAUCUUUUACCAUUUUACCCAAAUUUUUAUAUGCACUACAAAAGUUCAAUCCAGGGACUAUCGUGGAAUGGUGUGUAAUGAGAAAGACCAAUCAAGUGGAAUUCAGACGUGUUUUUUGGGCAUUUGAUCCUUCUAUCAAGGGUUUUAAGCAUUGUCGACCGGUUAUUAGCAUUGAUGCUACACAUUUGUAUGGAAAGUAUAAAGGCAAGAUGAUGAUUGCAAUGGGAGUUGAUGGUAAUAAUCAAAUAUUGCCACUUGCAUUUGCUAUCGUAGAAAAUGAAUCUUAG